GCAGGAGGCCAGCUACGUACUAGUUCUAUUCUACUGAAACACUGAUCCAUCAAAGUGGCAGAGGAGCAAUGGCAUCCCUAACGCCUGGCUUGCUAUCGAAGCUCCUGGACAAUGUGGGCAACAAGGACGUUAAGGUGACCGGAGAGCACCGGUCGGCGGUGCUGCAAGUCAUCGAGAUCGUGCCCUGGCCGGGAGACGAAGACAAUGCCUGGAACUGGAAGAGUAGACCCAGAGGCUUCUUCUUGAAGUUGUCUGACUCACUGCAUUCGGCCUACGUGUCCAUCACAGACAACGACGACGACGACCUGGAUUUAAUAUACAGCGACAAGAUUCAGCUGGGGCAGUUGGUGUACGUGACUCAGCUGGAUUCGGCCUCCCCUGUGCCGGUCCUUCGCGGGUUGAAGCCCAUCCCCAAGAGCAAGAGGGCUCUCUCGCCCUCACCCCCUCUGUGCCUUGGCAAUCCCAAUCCCAUUCAUUUGAUCUCCACCGCGAGACCACCUGUUGCAGCGACUUGUACAAAAACAAAACCCUCUAAUGCUAACAGGAAAGAGGGCAAUAACAAGGCCAAGCCAAAGCCCAAGUCCAAGUCCACACUCAGUCCACAGACCACUGAUAAUGAAAGGGCAAGCAGCAAUAGGUUGGCGGUGGUGGACUCAACAAGGAGGCUGAGUUUGGAUUCAGCCAGGAAGGCUUGGGAUGCACGGACUACUACUUCUACGUCGCAUUUCAAAUCUCAGUCUAAGCAGCUUUCUUCCAUUCCUUCACUACUUUCUCCCGCUGUGGUUUCUGAUAAGAAGCUUUUUACUAAGAACGAUUCACAUCUUAAGUAUCCAAGUAUGAGCGUUUCACCACUGAAAAAUAAAAAUGAGACCAUUUCGCCAAAACCAACGAAUAAGUCUUCCAAGAAAGAAUUGAAGUCCUUGCCUGAGGGAGCUCUUUCGAACCAUCUUAUUAGGGUGCCCCUAAGUUUCAAAACUUGGUCCGAUCAAAAAAUUCCUUGGAAUGCUCUCCCAUCUAUCAUUAGUGAUCUUGGAAAGGGAGCUAUUUGUCAUAGGAACGUUGCAUUUUCUGGUGCUGUACGUGCAUUAGAAGAAGCAUCAGCUGCUGAGGGUGUCAUUCAUUGCAUGUGCGUGUUUGCAGAACUCAGCGAGUCCUCCCACAAAGUUUCUGCAGGACCAAUGGUUGAUAAAUUUUUGGAGCUCCAUCAGAAUAUGGUGAGAGCAGCAGAGGUUGUAGACUCCUUGCUCAACACAGGCCACCCAGAUGUGAAAUCAAGCAGUUCUGGUGGCCUACAGGGUUGGGUGUCACAUGCGUGUAAAAGUUCCACUGGUAAGAAUGCCACUUCAUGGGUGGAAGCUGCGUUAGGAGCAAAUCUUUCCAAAUUCAGUUUGUUCAGAGCACAAGGCAACGGUGGAAUUCCAAAUUGUGAGAAAUAUCAUUACAUUGUCAUAGAGAAUACUCCAGUGGAAUUUAACUCGGAAAAUUGCCCACCCCAAAAUAAACAAAAUCCUCCACGACGUAUUCCAGUUGUGAAGAAAAUGAGCACUGGGAUGGAAGAUUGCCCCAAGGAAAGGAGAUUAAAAGAGACAGCAAGUUUAAUAGAAAAACUACUCUUAGUUUCUUGUCAAUGGUUCUUAAAGUACUUGGAGGAUUCCUUAAAUGUGGGGUUCAGAUUGAACAAAGAGGAAGGAAGCUCUGAGAUUGCAUGUUUGCUGGGGCAGCUUAAAAAGGUGGAUCUAUGGUUGGAUGACUUAGUCAAGGGUGGGAUUCCAGUAGAUAAGAGAAUAACCGACUUCAGGAAGAAGUUAUAUCAGUUUGUACUGGAACAUGUUGAAUCCGUUGUCUCAAGUAACUAGAUAGAUAUGUGCCCCUAGGAUGAACAGAAAUGUCACUUCCAAAUACAUUCUUUAUUACCGCUACUCAUUCAAGUUCAGGUAGAAAUUAGUAUAUAGUUCAUGGUGUAACAGCAUAUGCCAGGGGUUCACAUCCCUCCCAGGAUACAAUGUGUUUCUCUGUUUUAUAUUGACAAUCUCAUUCUUAACUUCAACAAGUUCAGGGAUGCAGAAAGUCAGAAAAAUAGAACUCCAAUGGGGACUCCUUUUGUUGUUCAAGUGCAUGAUUGAACUCUGUCUAGUACUCUCGUCAAAUUAUGUUAG